GGGGUCAUGCUGCGCGGGAAAUCUCCGGUCGAUUUCGGAAUCGCGCGGUGAUUGGCCCGCGCGCGGGCGCGCGGGAAUCCAAAAGAGCUUCUGCAGCGGCAGUCCUGCGCAGAAGGGGGGCUCCCUUCUGGCUGUCUUCCCGCAGGCACUAUGAGCUGCCUCACCCUGCCCACCGUGCUGCCCGGCUCCCCCUGCAAGGCCGGGGGGCAGAUCCAGGUGAUUCUCGGACCUAUGUUCUCAGGAAAAAGCACUGAGCUGAUGAGACGCGUCCAGCGCUUCCAGAUUGCCCAGUACAAGUGCCUGGUGAUCAAAUGCGCCAAAGACACGCGGUACAGCAACCUGUUCUCCACCCACGACUCGAACACCAUGGAGGCGCUGCCCGCCUGCCAGCUCCGGGACACCACCCAGGAGGCCCUAGGCGCGGACGUCAUAGGCAUCGACGAAGGGCAGUUUUUCCCUGACAUCGUGGAGUUCAGCGAGGCCAUGGCCAACUCGGGGAAGACCGUGAUCGUGGCUGCCCUGGACGGGACCUUCCAGAGGAAGGCCUUCGGAGCCGUCCUGAACCUGGUGCCGCUGGCCAAGAGCGUGGUGAAGCUGAACGCCGUGUGCAUGGAGUGCUUCUGCGAGGCCGCCUACACCCAGCGGCUGGGCCUGGAGAAGGAGGUUGAGGUGAUCGGAGGAGCAGACAAAUACCACGCCGUGUGCCGCCUGUGCUACUUCCAGAAGGCCGCAGGUCAGCCAGCCGGGCCGGGCGACAAGGAGAUGCCCGGGGAGGCCAAGCUCGGGGAGGCGGCCGGGACCAGGAAGCCGCUGGCCCCGCAUCAGAUCCUGCAGUACAUCCGGGCCAACUGAGAGCCCGGGGCGGCCGGCGCCCCCUGCUGGACACCUGUCCCCUGCGGGGGGGGGCCGCCCCCCCCCCCCCAACCCCCGCGGCCUUUCCGAAGGAGGAAGAGGAAGUUCGG